CCACCCGCCGUCUCGGCCGCGGCCGGCAGCCCCUGCCCCCCGGGGGACGCUGACGGCCGCCGGGCGCGCCGCCCUAGCGUACGGACAGGGGGCGCUCCGCGCGGCCUGGGGCAACCCGGGCCACAGGGGCAGGAAAGUGAGGGCCCAGGUCGGCCCGGGCGUGCAGGGGCCCCGGGUUCGCAGCGGUAGCGGCGGCAGCGAUAGCGAUAUUAGCAGCAGCGGGAGCACCGGGUUGAGCCGGGAAGCCGAUGGCGGCGGCGGCGGCGGCUCCGAUUCCUCGCUGACUGCCCGUCCGCCCUCCUGCAUUGAGCGCCAUGUUACCGAGCCAAGCUGGGGCCGCGGCGGCGCUGGGCCGGGGCUCAGCCCUGGGGGGCAGCCUGAACCGGACGCCGACGGGGCGGCCGGGCGGUGGAGGCGGCGGGACUCGAGGGGCUAACGGGGGCCGGGUCCCCGGGAACGGCGCGGGGCUUGGGCCGGGCCGCCUUGAGCGGGAGGCUGCAGCAGCAGCGACAACCACCCCGGCGCCCACCGCGGGGGCCCUCUACAGCGGCAGCGAGGGUGACUCGGAGUCGGGCGAAGAGGAGGAGCUGGGCGCCGAGCGGCGCGGCCUGAAGCGGAGCCUGAGCGAGAUGGAGCUCGGUGUGGUGGUCGGUGGGCCCGAGGCGGCGGCGGCGGCCACGGGGGGCUACGGGCCGGUGAGCGGAGCGGUGAGCGGGGCCAAGCCGGGUAAGAAGACUCGGGGCCGCGUGAAGAUCAAGAUGGAGUUCAUCGACAACAAGCUGCGGCGCUACACGACCUUCAGCAAGAGGAAGACGGGCAUCAUGAAGAAGGCCUAUGAGCUGUCCACGCUGACAGGGACACAGGUGCUGUUGCUGGUGGCCAGUGAGACAGGCCAUGUGUAUACCUUUGCCACCCGCAAACUGCAGCCCAUGAUCACCAGUGAGACUGGCAAGGCACUGAUUCAGACCUGCCUCAACUCGCCAGACUCUCCACCCCGCUCAGACCCCACCACAGACCAGAGAAUGAGUGCCACCGGCUUUGAAGAGACAGACCUCACCUACCAGGUGUCGGAGUCCGACAGCAGUGGGGAGACCAAGGAUACACUGAAGCCGGCGUUUACCGUCACCAACCUGCCGGGUACCACCUCCACCAUCCAGACAGCACCCAGCACCUCUACCACCAUGCAAGUCAGCAGUGGCCCCUCCUUUCCCAUCACCAACUACCUGGCACCAGUGUCUGCUAGCGUCAGCCCCAGCGCUGUCAGCAGUGCCAACGGGACUGUGCUGAAGAGUACAGGCAGCGGCCCCGUUUCUUCCGGAGGCCUCAUGCAGCUGCCUACCAGCUUCACCCUUAUGCCCGGUGGGGCAGUGGCCCAGCAGGUCCCAGUGCAGGCCAUUCAGGUGCACCAGGCCCCACAGCAAGCGUCUCCCUCUCGUGACAGCAGCACAGACCUCACGCAGACCUCCUCCAGCGGGACAGUGACGUUGCCUGCCACCAUCAUGACGUCAUCUGUGCCCACAACUGUGGGCGGCCACAUGAUGUACCCCAGCCCCCAUGCGGUGAUGUAUGCGCCCACCUCGGGCCUGGCUGAUGGCAGCCUCACUGUGCUCAAUGCCUUCUCCCAGGCGCCAUCCACCAUGCAGGUGUCCCACAGCCAGGUCCAGGAGCAAGGUGGCGUCCCCCAGGUGUUCCUCACAGCACCAUCUGGGACAGUGCAGAUCCCCGUUUCUGCAGUUCAGCUUCACCAGAUGGCUGUGAUAGGGCAGCAGGCCGGGAGCAGCAGCAACCUCACCGAAUUACAGGUGGUGAACCUGGAUGCCGCCCACAGCACCAAGAGUGACUGAUCCGCCCUGCCGCCCUGGACAGAUGGCCUAAGGGACGGCACCACUUAUUUAUUGUUGCCUUUUCACGUUUUCUUUACACACAUGUUGACGGGCCGCAGGAGGGAGGCGGGGAGGAGCGUGGGCAGCCACAGGACUGAGCCCUCUCACUCCAGCCAAAGAAAUGGGCCAGCCUGCCCUCCACCCCGGCCUCCCGCCCCCUCCCCCCCUCUAGCUCCGCCUCCCAUUUCUGUUGCCGGUGGGGCUGCCCUCCCUCCUCAGACUCCCCUUGCCAGCUUGGCUCCAUGUUUUCCAUGAGUAUUAGCUUACCCGAUGGGACCGUGCCCCCCACCACCGUCACACACACAGUUCUCUGUGGGACUCGGCACUGUGUCCCCCUGAGGAAGCAGCCGGUGCCGGUGCCGGGGCGGGGGGUGGGGGGGGCGGUUGCCCUCUCCCCAGUCUCCUUGCUGACCCCACAUCAGCACUGUGUCUGCCACAGGCUGGGUCAAAAGAGCCUGCCCCCUGCCCCUCAGGGAGCCAGCUGGGGAGAUGGGGCUUCUUCCCUCAAGCCAGGUCUGUGGCCCCUACAGCUCCUGAGCAGCAGAGCCUGUGCUCCAGCACAGCAGAGUCCCAGGGCGACCUGCCCUGCCCUGCCGCUCCCUUCGGAACUCCAGGGGCUGCUGGCUUGGAGGGAACUACCCAUGUUCCCCUGUCUUCCCCCCUCUCCUCCCAGCUGCUUUACUUAAAGUUGAUUUUGAACUUUUUAUUUGAGGAGACGAAGUGAAAACAAAUCUAUAAAUAUAUAUUUUUAAAAUAUUUAACUUUUUUUUAUGGCGUUUUUCUCGUCCCCCUCCCUGCCCAAGCUCCCCUUCCCUGGGGAGCCCUGAGGCUCCCCGGAACUGGCUGGGCCUCUGGGGACAGAGCCACCCCAUGAGCUUGGGGCUCGCCAGUGUGGGGGGGGAGAUUGCCCGGUCCUGGGUUGUUUCCAGGAGAAAACCGGGGGAGGGGCCCUCAGGCCAUGCCCCAACGGGGUGGGGAGGGUGACCCACAGCUCUGGGCCUCUUUUUGCCCUUCAGAGCUGUUGCUAGGGAGAGGGAGGAGGGAGACCAAAUGUGGGUGGGGGGUGGGAGGGUGUCAGAGGCAACUGACUUCAUUUGUGCCACAUGCAUGGGCAUUGCAGCCUUGCGCGCCCCCAGGCCUACAGCUGCCUGGGGCCCAAGUUGCAGUGAGCAGGGUGGGGUCUGGGAGGGGGCGAGAGGCAGGAUUGGGGGGCAGAAGAAAUGGGAGCAGCUCUUGGGCUGAGUGUGGGGUUAGGGGAGCCAGAAAUGGCAGCUCUCCCAGGGAGUGAGCAGCUACUGUAACUUUUUAAAAUUAAGACAAAAAGCCUUGAAGAAAAUGACUUUAUUUUUCUAAGUGUAACCUCAGUAUUUAUGUAAUUUGUACAGGGGCCGUGCCCCACCCCCUCUGCCCCCUUUGGGGUAGAUCUUGAGGGUGGGCCAACAUGGCGGAGGGUCUUUUACCCUGUGUCAGAGCCUACCUUCACCACCUGUAUCAAAGAGGGAGCUUUUUCAGAACAGGGCAGUGGGGGUGUGGGUGGAGUUUUAUUAACCCCUUAGGUCUGCCUUGAGUAGAAACAAGCCUGCUUCUGUGAUUAGGUGAAGGGGUGGGGGAAGUUUAUACAUACAACCUAAUUAUCAUGGGGACGAUUUGCCGACAUGUUUGAGAACCUCCGGACCUCUAACCCCCUUUGCUGUCUUGCCCCAGUUUGGGGUGCCAAGAUGGAAGCCAUCUUUCUGGCUUUCUCCAGAAGAUAGCAGGGGACUUAUGGGUGGCUUAUGGAUUGGGGCAUGGCAAAUCAGGGGUCAGAGAGUGGGGGAGCUUGGGACUCAGGUCUGCAACUGCCCAGCCCCUUUUCUCUACUCUUUGUUUUCACUCCACCAUCACUCACUCACUCCCCUCUCCCUCACGCUGGGGAGGAGACCUUGAUGAAUUCCUCCUCUCCUUCCCACAAAAGACAGACCCAGUGAGUGAAUCAGGCAAAGUGCUUAUAAUGUGUGUUGUGUGAGCGUGGCCUUGGGAGAACAUGCGUGCGUCAAGGAUAAGGUGGCAUUUUUACAUGCAGCGACCCUUGGUGUUUCCCUUCCUUGGUGGCUCUGGGGUGUGUAUGUGUGUGUGCGCGUGUGCCCGAGUGAAUGUGUGUGUGUGCGAAUGUGGGGUGUGUAUGUUAGUGGUUUCUACUUCCCCUGGGAUGCUGACCCAGGAAUAGUGGACAUGGUCACAGUCCUAUGUACAGAGCUUUCUUUUGUAUUAAGAAAAAAAUACUCUUUCAAUAAAUGUAUCAUUUUUGUGCACAGA